UCUUCUUAACAAAAUGUUUGCUUCUUUUGAAGAGCGAUUGUGCGAGCAAAUCCGUCGAUACCCGCAUAUAUACAAUUCAUCAUUGAGAGAGUACAAAGACAACCAGCUGUUGUUGAAGUCCUGGCGAAAAGUCGCUCAAGCGCUUGGCAGAGAUGAGAAUUUAUGCCGUCAGAAGUGGAAAUCUCUGCGAGACAGAUACGUGAGGGCCAAGAGAAAGAUGAAAGGCAGGAGAUGCGGUCCUUACUCACCUAUCAUUAUUUCCAAGUUAGAUUGGCUCUCUGAAUUCAUCAGGCAUCGUCCAAGGGAGUCAUUAGAGUGCGAAGGAUCUAGUGAAACGGCGAUGUUGCAGCUGGAGUCAGUCACUGCUGGUCCCUCUGCUGAACAAGCCCCUCUGUGUUCAGCUACCCGUGUUUCCCUGCCUGCUCAGGGAGAAACAUUACUGCCAUCAGCAUCCCUGGAAAAUGCAGCAUCCCCUGUACCAUCUGCACGAGUGUCUGCUGUGGAUCGUCAUCUUCCUCUGUCAUCGCUGCGCCUCUUGGUUCCUCCACUAAGGCUGAUGUCAGCCUGGAUGUGGCAGGUGGCUCUGGAGCGAAAUUGUGAACAAUAUGGAAAACUGGCCGAAUUCAUCAUGUUGAUGACAGAGAUGGUCCCAGAGCUUAUGAACAACAAGCAGAGUAUUCAGCUGAUCCUGGGACUAAGAUCUCGGAUUAUCUUGGAAUUUCUAAAGAACGGGGAUCCCAUUGACUGUGAUACUAUCCAGGAACACCUCAAUAUUUUCCAAAAGAGCACAACAAACUGCGAUGAGGAAGAGGAUCAAGACGGAGAGGUGGAGAUUUCAAAGUCGGCAUUUGUGGAGCUGGUUCAAAUGUUACUUAAUGACAAACAUGAAAAGGACAAAUUUUUCAAGGAGGUGUUCCCAGCACUGUACGGAGCCCAUUUUGAUACAGUGCUGCAGAUCCUUUUGUGGGAGUUUCUCUACCGACUAGAAGAGUUUUUCACAAUACCAAGUUUUUCAAAGGUGUCCUCCAUAUUUGGCCUGUAUUCCUUUGACUUCCAGUUUGAGCAGUUUGUCUCUGAUCAUGAGGACCUGAAGAAGAUUGUGCAGCAUCAAAAACAGCGACAAAAGUUGACUCAAAGUGAGUUCUCCUUCAUGUCGGACACCAUUUUGUCCACACUUGCAUCUCAGCAGACAUCUGUGGCAUCAGAAGAUAGCAUUGAUAGUAUGAUAGACAACAGCAGUAAUGGAGAGACUGACAACACUUCCUGUGAAGUUAAUCCACAUUCUCAGCCCCAGGAAUGCGAACUGUCACCACUCACUUCGUCCCCAUGUCCUGAAGAAGGUGGUGUGACAAGUGACAGUGAAACAGCUGGUGAAGCAUCCUUCCAGCAACCCAGAUGCUCAGAAAGCUCAAUGGAAGGAGUGAAAGAACAUCUGGAUCUGAGUAGAAACAAGGAGCCAUCAGAAGACGGCAUGAUCAAGUUCUCGACAGAAAGCAAAGCUGAUGUUUCCCCUCCGUUCAGAGAGGACUCCAUAAGGUCCAAUGAAAACGCCUGCCAGGACUGUGGAAGGACUUUUACAUCAAGUUCCCUCUUGAAAAACCAUCGUUACGUUCAUUCUUCAGAGCGGCCAUUCAAGUGCACUCAGUGCAAGAAGACAUAUAAACGUCCUAAAGAUCUGCAUAGGCAUGUCCUUAUUCACUCAAGCUCUGGAGUGCCGGCUUUUGCUUGCACUCUUUGUGAGAAGAAAUUUAUGUCUCACUCUACACUUGCAAAACAUAAGCGACGUCACAAUGGAGAGAAGCAGUUUGUCUGCACGCACUGCGACAAGAGGUUCUGGACAAACUCAGACUUGAAGUCCCACAUGUUCAUUCACACUGGUGAGCGCCCGUACGCAUGUACUUUAUGUGACAAGAAAUUCACACAGCCGUAUGUGCUCACCGUUCACCUCAGGAUGCAUAAGAAAGAGAGGCCGUAUCUGUGCAGCACCUGUGGUAUGUCGUUCUGUAGCUCCGGGGCCCUUGGGGUACAUUCACGCAAACACACAGGGGAGCGGCCUCAUCAGUGUGAAACCUGCGGAAAAAGGUUCUUCAUAGCUGCACAGCUGACAAUACAUCAGAGGUACCAUACAGGAGAGAGGCCGUAUACUUGCUCACGAUGUAGCAAAUCCUUUCACAGUAGUUCAGGACUGAAGGAUCACAUGAGGACGCACACGGGAGAGAAACCUCACCAGUGUUUAACGUGUCACAAGACAUUUUCACUAAAGUCUACCAUGAAAGUACACCUCAAAGUCCACAGGACUGUCUAGUAUUCUUUUGUGGAAGCUUUUAUAGACAGGUUGUUAUCACUUGCUCUGUAUCUUAAGUAACAGCUGAUUUUCUUCAUAUCAGGAAAUUACUAACACAUAUGCAUUUAUAUGUAUAUAAAUAUAAGACUUGGAAUACUCAAAUAUUACAUGUUAAAGUGAAUGUAAAUACACUUUGUCUUUUAGGAGAGCAUAAUAUUAAAGAGCAUUAAGUUUUGUGUUAGCUCAUACCUAAGACUUGAUUUUAGAGUUAUUUUUUAGCCUCUCUGACUGAGUGACAACUUAUCUUUUGUACAGAGUGGGUGUAAAUGUUACCCAUAAGGUAAAAACCAGCAAAGAAUUCAUAGUAACUCCUUUAUCCAUGCUGAGCAUCAUGAUGAACUUCUCUAUGUGAAGUUCAUUCAUGGUGAGUCUGUGUCCAUUGGGGAAAGGGAGGUUUUGUUAUGCUUAUUGCUUCAGAGACCGUGGCGCCAAUUUACAGAUUACCACCACUCUAAUACCCAUUCUGUGUAACGUAAUUUCACUUUAUUUUAUCUUAUGUGUAGUUAUAUUAAGUUAGUUUUAUUUUCCAUCCUACAUGCAUUUACAUUAUGUUUAUCUUGUGUUUUUUUUAUGUGAAGCACUUGGUGCAUGUUAUGUCUUUUGUAGCUGUAUUUUUAC